CUCUCUCUCUCUCUCUCUCUCUCUCUCUCCCUCUAAAAGUCCAAAAGAAGAACCAACAAAAUUCAUAAGACAGAGCUCUUCAAUGAGCCUGUCCUCGCUCUUCCUGUGAGCAUCAAACCCAACACAAGAGGCCAAAGCUCAGUCCAAAAUCUGAUCUUUUUCUCUCCCCUGCGAGCUCAAAGAUGAGCUCUUAUUCCAUCGUCGUAAUAAGCUAAAGAACCAAUCCCCUCUCUCUCUCAGAAUGGGUCUCGCCUCCUUUGCUCCCUUCCUCAUUUCCACGCUCCUGUUCACAAUUUCACGCUCUCAAGAACCCAAUACCGACGGCUUCUAUCUCUCUGAUUUCUUUAAGACCAUGGGAAAAGAGACUCCUUUGCUCACCGAUGGCCUCUCUUCUUCGUUCUGUUCGUGGCCGGGUGUCUCUUGUGAUGCUGAAGGAAACAAUGUUUUCAGCUUGAUUGCCUCCGGCCUCAAUCUCUCUGGCCCGAUCCCUGAUAACACCAUUGGCAAGCUCACGAAGCUGAGGGUCUUGGAUCUGAGCAAUAAUGUCAUCACGGCACUCUCCUCUGAUUUCUGGGGUUUGGGCGGCUCUCUGGUUGCACUAAAUCUCUCGAGAAAUGGGAUUAAUGGGUCACUCUCUAAUAACAUUGGCAACUUUGGAGCGCUUGAAAGUUUCGAUCUUUCGCAUAAUUUGUUCUCGGGUGAAAUCCCUGUCGCUGUUGGCUCUCUGUCGAGCUUGAAACUGCUGAACUUCAGUGGCAAUGGCUUCGAGGGGGAAAUCCCAGGUGGAAUUGUUGGGUGCAAGUCUUUGGUCUCGUUAGAUUUUUCAAUGAAUAAGCUUAAUGGGACUGUUACUGACGAUUUCGGAGCUGCUUUUAAGAACUUGAGGAGUUUGAAUCUUGCUGGAAAUGUGUUUGAAGGGAAAAUGCCGGACUUGUCUAAAUUGGACUUCAUCACUUAUCUCAACCUCUCGGCUAAUUUCUUUCAGGGUUCAAUUGUCGGGGUGUUUAAAGAUCCUCUGGAGGUCCUUGAUUUGAGCGACAACCAAUUUCAGGGCGAUAUCUCUCAGGUAAAUCUCACCUCUGGGUUCAAUUGGUCUUCCUUGAUGUAUCUCGAUUUAUCUGGCAACCAACUCAGUGGAGAGUUGUUCGGUGAUCUGAGCAGAGCUCAGUCACUGAAACAUCUCAAUUUAGCUUUCAAUAGAUUCUCUCAUCAAAACUUCCCUCGUGUUGAAAACCUCGCAAAUUUAGAGUACCUCAACCUGUCAAGUACUAAUCUCGUAGGCCAAAUUCUCGCCGAAAUCUCUAAUUUUUCGAGUUUAUCGAUACUAGACCUUUCGCGGAACCAUUUAACUGGCCAAGUCCCUGAUUUGAUUUCUCAAAGCCUUCGAAUUCUAGACCUCUCAUUGAACAAUCUAACCGGUGAAAUCCCAACAUCUCUUCAACAACAACUGCCUAAUUUGUCGAGAUUCAAUUUUUCUUACAACAACCUCACCUUUUGCGCUGAUCAAUUAUCACCGAAAACAUUAGAAUCGGCAUUCAUUGGCUCCAGGGAUGAUUGCCCGAUAGCCGCAAACCCUGAUCAAAUCCGAGCCAAGAGAACGAAGCAAAAAGGCCUAAAGCUCACAUUAGCCAUAAUUCUUACAGCGUUCUGCUUGAUAACUGCGUUGCUCUGCAUUGUAUUUGGCUUGAAAAAGAGAACAAGAUCAUGGGCAGUUAAGCAAAUGUCGUAUAAAGAAGAACAAGGAGUUUCAGGCCCUUUCUCGUUUCAAACAGAUUCAACAACUUGGGUUGCCGAUGUCAAACAGGCCAAUUCUGUGCCUGUCAUAAUUUUCGAGAAACCAUUGCUCGAUUUCACCUUUGUUGAUCUUUUGACCGCAACCUCAAAUUUUGAUAGAGGAACUUUGUUAGCUGAAGGGAGGUUCGGUCCAGUGUACAGAGGCUUUCUCCCGGGAGGAAUUCAGGUAGCAGUGAAAGUUUUAGUUCAUUGCUCAACAUUAACUGAUCAAGAAAUCUCACGAGAGCUUGAGAGGCUUGGAAGAAUAAAACAUCCAAAUUUGGUCCCUUUAACGGGCUAUUGUUUAGCUGGAGACCAAAGGAUUGCGAUAUAUGAGUACAUGGAGAAUGGCAAUCUUCAAAAUUUGCUUCAUGAUUUGCCACUGGGAGUUCAAACAACUGAAGAUUGGAGCACUGAUAAUUGGGAAGAAGACAACGAUGGAGUUCAAAUCAUAACUAGUGAUGGAAAAACUACUUGGAGAUUUAGGCAUAAAAUUGCGCUUGGCAUUGCACGGGCGCUAGCAUUUCUUCAUCAUGGAUGCUUUCCUCAAAUAGUGCAUAGAGAUGUGAAAGCUAGCAGCAUUUAUCUCGAUUCUGACUUGGAGCCAAAAUUGUCUGAUUUUGGAUUGGAUAAAGUUGUCGGAAAUGAUUUUGAGGGUGAGUUUUCUAAAGGGUCACCGGGAUACAUUCCUCCUGAGUUCUUCGAGUCUGGAGUUGAAUCUUUAACAUCAAAAUCGGAUGUUUAUGGAUUUGGCGUAAUUCUUUUUGAGCUGAUUACGGGGAAAAAACCCGUUGGUGAUCGGUACCCAGAAGAGAAAGAGAGGAGUUUGGUUGGUUGGGGGAGAGCUCUAGUGAAGAAAAGCCAAGGAUUAAUGGCAAUUGAUCCUAAGAUUAGAAGCUCGGGGUCAGAGAAGCAAAUGGAGGAGGCAUUGAAGAUUGCCUAUCUUUGCACCGCGGAUUUGCCAUCGAAGAGGCCCUCAAUGCAGCAAAUUGUGGGGCUUUUGAAAGAUCUUGAGCCAAUUGUUGGAGAUCAGUGAGAUGUAUCAGGAUGUUAUAUAUACAUAGAAGGUUGAAUAUUCAAGAGGUUAAAUUCUCAAUUAGCUUCUUUGUAAA